AUGCAUUGGUGCAAUCAGCUUGAUUGUUUGGAGUUUAAUUGUUGCCGUAUCAAUCAAAUAUGGUGUUUUCAUACUUAUGCUGAUAAUCAUGGUGAAGGUGGAACAUUUGCUUUAUGUGGUUUAUUGACAAGUGAAAACAGUUUCUUAGGUCGAAGACGCAAGAAAGUAAUAAUCGUUAUAUCGAUGCUGGCUGGAUCUCUCUUACUUGGUGAUGGUGCACUAACACCAGCUGUAUCAGUGUUAUCAGCUGUCGAGGGAGUGGCCAUUGAAGCUCCCAAGUUACAAAAGUGGAUUGUACCGAUAACAGUAAUAAUUUUAAUUCUUCUUUUCGUUGCUCAACGAUGGGGAACGUCGAAAAUUGGGAUUACUUUUGGACCGAUCAUGUGUUUGUGGUUUUUGUGUCUGUUUAUGAUUGGUAUUUGGCGAACAACUUACAAACCAAGUAUUUUCAAAGCAUUUAAUCCAUGGGAAGCAUUUCAUUAUUUGUUAGUAGAGAAGAAAAGAGGUUUCUAUCAAAUUGGUGGUGUUUUUCUCUCUGUCACUGGUCUGGAAGCAUUGUAUGCUGAUCUAGGCCAUUUUGGACGGUGGCCAAUUCGUUGUUCAUGGUUCUUCAUUGUUUUUCCUGCUGUAUUGUUCAAUUAUUUGGGACAAGGUGCACUGUUAAUCGUCGAUCCAACUUUGAUCGAUAAUCCAUUUUAUCAUUCUGUUCCACAUUGGGGACAUUGGCCUAUGAUCGUUCUGGCUACCAUAGCAACAAUAAUUGCAUCACAAGCCAUAAUCACAGAUCUUUAUACGUGGUCAUCAAAUGCGAUCAAGAUUCCGUCUGGAGGAUGGGUUGCUAUUCUGAUUGGAUUCGCAUUUUUCAUUCUUGGUUUUUGCUGGUUUUUCGCGAUAAGACUCGGCAUAUUAUUUCGAGACUCGCGACAAGAUUCUCGAAUUUCAUUUACUGAUAUUCCAAUCGUUUGGACCAUUAAAAGGACUGAGCCGGAUAACAUAUCAUAUUCGGAUUCGGAUUCAGAUUCAUAUGUUGGUUGUGAUGCGAAUGGCAACGGAACUCUACCCAAAGUUCAAAGCCGUGUGCAAUUAAUACAAAGAGUAUCAAUACCAUUGCCAUCCUCCGGUGCAUCUUCCAAUUUGGAGUUACAUAAUAUGAAUACGAAUGAUACCAUUCCAGCUGUAGUGACGCCAUGCAUUGCUUGUUUUCUAACAAUGUCGAAGAAACAUACACCUCAUGUAUUUGAAAAUUUUGUAUCGCACAUGCAUUCCAUACCUCAAGUAAUCAUAUUUCUUAAAAUUGAGUAUUCAAAACGAGCAAUAAUCAACGACAAUGAGCGUCUUACAGUGAAAACCUAUGGUGAUAAUAUUUAUCAUAUUACAGCAUCGUACGGCUAUUCUCAAUAUCGAAUAAAACCCUACGAGAUUUUAUUACUCGCUAGUGCACAAUAUAAUGUGCCAAUACCAAAUGAUGAGUUACAAGUUACAUUUUUCGUUCCAAAUGAAACCAUCAAAGUAUCAACAGUUGGUUGGAGAAGCUGGAUUCGACGUUGGCCAUUGUAUAUUUAUUCGAUCCUAAAAAGUUUAUAUCCGGGAGCAGCAGUGAACAUUAAAUUAAAUCCUGAGAAUACCAUUAGCAUUGGUAUAUUGGCAAAGUUGAACUGA